AUGGCAUUUUCUAAUAAAUCUCGUGGUAUUGGUGUUCUGGCUCAUGGCAUAGUUGAGAUAACUCAACCAUUCAUUGAUUCUGAUCAUGCAGAUGAAAAAUACAUGGAAUAUCUGCCAUAUCCCGACAAUAAUUUUCAUGAAAUUAUUGAUGAUCGUUUUCAACGAGGUGACAAAUUUAUUAUUGAACAUAUACAUCGUCGAACUGGACAAGCAUUUGUUCCUAAUGUUCGUGUUCAUGUUACAUCAAUUGUGGCUAAACAUAUUGAUAGGUGUCUUGCAACAUUUAUUGAUCCAUAUCCAUAUUUGUAG